UUGGGUUGACGGUUUCCCAGGAUCCGGGGAUUAUACACAGCUCAUGGCGGCGCCCGUCGAAAGCGAUCUGAGUUCAUCCAGUGACGAAAACGAAGAUCUUGCGAAGAUUAAAGAAGCUGUGGAAUCAUCUGUAGCCUUUUUUACUGGAUCCAAAGUGCAGACAAAUCAAGCCAAUCAGCUCCAGCAUGAUGAGACAGAGAAUAAAACACAUCAAAACAUAAUGGCAAUCUUGCCAUCAAACAGGCCAGACCUUUCCGUGGAGGAGGAUGAAGGUAACCAUCUACUCAGUACGACCCCAGGUUUCCGCAGGCAUGUUGCAGCAAAACUGAUCAAGUCACUAGACAACCUGAUUGACAGUUCCAGUACCUGUUUCCAGACAACGAAAUGUCAGCAAACCACGUCUAAUUCAGAUCAUCAAGGAAUCCGACUGUUUCACAGUUCAUCUUUGUUCAUUUCUGCGAGUGAAAACCAGCCAAAACAGCCAUCCCGUCGCAAACGACCCCCUUCAUCCAGCGACAGUAGCUCAGAGGAUGAGAGAUUGGCAGAGGCCUCAAUAUCUCAUGAGCGGAUAGUGGAGCAGAGCCGGGUACCGUAUCACAGCAACAUGGGACCAGCAGAUGUCAUCAUUGUUAGGAAUACAGUACCUGAUGUACAUAAUGGUUGUGGUAGUGACUCUGUACAUGUUCACAAUGGAAGGGGAGAAUCUAGACCAAGUACAUGUACUGACAUGACUGGCUUGAAGGAUAAUGCUCCUGAAGCACUGCCAAAAAAGAAACACAAAAAGAAGAAAAAACAGAUGUUGACAACCUGAAAUAAAAACACCUGAAAAUGUUA